CAUGGGCGGCGGUGCCCGAUCAGAGGAUUUACACCGCCUUGGUUUUUCACCAAGUGUCUGGCGGAUAGAACUCAUCUGCUUGUUGUGUUGUUGUACUUUCUGAUGUGCGCUGCCAGACAACAUCUGAACACGUUGAAUGGGUGGAAAGACUAAUUAUUUUUAAUCUCACAUUAAGACCACUGCUCUUAAUUUGGCAGCCGUCCGGCAAAACUCCCAGACCCUUCCUCCUCAGUAUUCUGCUGCUGUCUGUGGCAAAGUUUACCGAGCUGCACACAAAAGAGGCGAAGACGGUUGCAGAGACAAAGAGGAAGACUGACGUACUGUUAGAGUGUGAUUGACAGUAAAAGGUUGAGUCAGGCAGGUGUUUGUGGUGGGAACUUCCUGCCGCGGCUGUCGUCGCGUGACACAGUCACGCUUCCCUGAAGUCGUGCCUUGCGGUUUUGCAAGCAGGUAUUUUGUCUACUAACAAGUCAAGCAGCUGAGUCUGUGGGAUGAAAGUACAAAGAAAGCAAAAAAGAGGAAAAAAUAACCAUGCUGAAGAAUGACCAGUUGGUCUAUAUUGGCCUGGAGCUGGUAAUCGCUUUCCUGUCUGUGGCUGGGAACGUCCUGGUCUGCUGGGCCGUCUGGCUCAACUCCAACCUGCAGAGCAUCACCAACUUCUUUGUGGUGUCACUGGCAGUGGCUGAUAUUGCUGUCGGUCUGCUCGCAAUUCCCUUUGCUAUCACUGUUAGCACCGGCUUCUGUGCCGAAUUCUUCGGCUGCCUGUUCAUCGCUUGCUUCGUCGUCAUACUCACCCAGAGCUCCAUCUUCAGCCUGCUGGCCAUCGCUGUAGACCGCUACGUCGCUAUCAAGAACCCACUCAGGUACAACAGCCUGGUGACAGGGCAGAGGGCAAAGGGUAUCAUCGCAUUGUGCUGGGUUCUCUCAGUAGGCAUCGGCCUGACACCGAUGCUGGGCUGGAACCGAGGUUGGAACAGCACCGCCGCAGCCAGCGGCCGGACCUGCCCCGAAGGCUUGACGGAGUGCCUGUUUGAAGAAGUGGUGACGAUGGAAUACAUGAUCUAUUUCAAUUUCUUCGGCUGUGUGCUGGGUCCCCUGGUGAUCAUGCUGGUCAUCUAUGCCCAUAUCUUCAUGGCCGCUCGGCGCCAGCUCCGUCUGAUGCGGCUCAAAGUUGCUCACACCCCUGCUCCUGGAGAAGUCGCCUCACGCCGUUCAUCACGUUCAACCCUGCAGAAGGAGGUGCAUGCUGCCAAAUCGCUGGCCAUCAUUGUGGGUUGGUUUGCUCUGUGUUGGCUUCCGCUGCACAUCAUUAACUGUUUGCACUACCUGUGUCGGGACUGUGGCCGUGCACAUAUCUGGGUGAUGUACAUCGCCAUCAUCCUCUCCCAUGCUAACUCUGUUGUGAAUCCCUUCAUCUAUGCUUAUCACAUUCUGGAGUUCAGACAGACCUUUCGGAGGAUCCUGUACCAGCAAAUCCUAGGGCAGAGGCAUGGACAUGGGUUUGAGGUUGGGAGUGGAAAUGGCAGAGGUGUUGGGAGCAGAAACAUCAUUCAGACUUCCUCCCAUACCAGUAACGAGGGUUCAUCGAGUGGCACGGUAGUGAACAGCUACGUCCUGGACACCAGUCCUGAACGAACUCCACCAAAAGCGGCUCACGAAGCCUCUUGCCAAUGGACAUCAAAGUUAGACGCUGCACCAAGGAGCUACAUACCCAACGGACACCAAAACGGUAGCACCCUUCCAGCAAUGCAGCAGCUGCAUCCAUGCUUCGUGGGCUUUACUGCUCAGGAUGGAGUGGAGUCGGUCACAGAUCUGAGGGGAACAACAGAUGUUGUGGAGGUGAAAGACAGUGGAAGUUGCAUUGCUUUUGUGAAUGUUCAUGCUCUCUCCCUAAAACAGACCGACUGUCCGUGCUCAACAGAGCUUACAGAAGUCUCAUGACACAGAUAUUUAGGUAUUUAAAAAAUAUAUUCUAUUCCCAUAAAACACAUGAUAGUGUGCAAACAUGACAACUUGAAGAAGGAUUAUUGAAGCCUCAUUAAAUCAACAGCAAAUCUGUUUCUCUUUCUGAAGUCACAUAAACUGGUUGCAGGGAAUAUUUUGGCAUUAUUACUCUUUCUCAUCAACCAUCUCUAAGUUGGAUCAGAUUUACAAGCACACUCCAGAAUUUGUCAAAGGCAGGUGGGUGUUUAAAAUGGGCUGCUAAUAACAUUUUACUGACAUGCAGCAUAAUAACAUCUAUGUCCUUUAUCCAAGAUAAAUGUGCAUUUUUUUAGGUUGCAUGCCUUUCAAACAAUGUGCAUUUUAGAAAACAAACUACAGUAUCACCUGUACUGUAUCUUGCAAUGAAUUUGUAAGAGACAUUUCUAUUGUUGAACUGUUUUUUUGAUAAUGUUGCCUCACAAUUUGUAAUGCUCAUCUGUAUUGUUUUUACUCACUGGAGAAUUAAAAGUCUUAAAUAUG